AUGCCAGCAUGUAUGUCUGGCAUGCACCCUUCACUGUUGCUGGCAUUCCGCUGGACUCGAACCUCUACGGUGUAUCUAAACCAAUCCCCUCAAGCGGUAGCGCUAGGAGCCGUGCUCAUGACCCGAGCUCUAGACAAGGACAAAGUACUGCAUAAACAUCGUCGCUGGCGUAUUCGAAAGAGCACUCCGGAGCCCGCCACAACUGUCCUUUUGGUGUGGGGGCUUAGGGUGACCCCCCCUAUUCUGAUAUCAUCACGCACUGUUCAUGCACGCGAGGCCAACGUUGCAUGGGCGGGAGGCGAGGCAUACAGGGCCCAAUACAUGGCACAGCAGGCCAGCUGGCGAUGUAUAUACCACGUGCUUCUUCAAUUGAGAUGCCUCGACUCAGAACUUCGACAACUCGUGUUCUUUGGGCACCUCAACCAGGGCACAUCAGAGGGGAACAUCAGAGGGGAACACAACACCGGAACUGAGGACCCAAGUCGUGAUAUCUGCAAGAAUCUGUUGACCACACGAAAGCGUGGUUCCCGCCGCAAACGCCAACAUGUCGACUUCGGGUGGAGAUUUCGAGGGACUCGUACAACCAACACAGCGGUCACAGCAGGACCAGGACUACCAGAAAGAGUACCAACCCUUAGGGGUUGCAUACCGAAGUCAAGGAUGGUGAUGUUUCCACUGCUAUCCUCAAUCGCGAUCUGGUUGUUGUCGAUCCAAACCGGCCGGGAGAUUAGUGGGACUGCACUGAAAUCGAGAGGUCGUUCUCCGAUGGUCGAUGUCGGCAACUUCGAUAACCCCGCUACCAGUAACACAGCGACCAUCGAGGAAAAGUGCCGCGCAUGUGGGUUCGUGGAACCCAGCGUCACCGGUGAUGACCUCACCACCAAGCAUCUUCGGCAACUCGGAAAUAUAAUUCAUGAAGAAGGGGUGAUGAUGAUGGAGCGAAUGGAAGGAAAGGUGCCAAGCAUGAAUGACGUCAGCGGGGUACCCAAUCCCGGGAGCCCCACACUCAGCCUCCGGACCAACGCUCCCACUGACCACACCACUGGAGAACACCCAUACGGCUAA